UGUUUUAAUCAUAAUCGAAUCGGUAUUUACGGUAAAAGACGGUUAAAAUUGAGGAAAAAAAACAACCAAUCACCUGUCAAAAUAUUUUGACAUUCCACUCUUCGAUUUUCAUUGCUUAUUUUGUUGAUUUUCCUAUUGAAACCCCAAUAAAAUAAGCCAUGGGCGGGCACGGACACGGCCACGAGCCUCCGUACAGGAUCCCCGACGCCAGCACCUUCCAGGUGAAGGGCAUCCCCCAGCUGGAGGCGCUGGAGGAGGCUCUCGCUCAGAAAGGACUCAAGGACCCAUGGAUUCGCAAUGAGGCUUGGCGGUACAACCCAGGUUUUGGCUCCCGCUGGGAGAGGUCUCGCCUCUUUUUCUUCCGUGGGUUGCCCCUCGGCCUGGCUCUGACUGUGAUCGUGGUGGGCGCGGGCAAGGUGCUCGGCGGCGGGGACAGCCACGGACACGGACAUGAGGGAGGACAUCACUAGACAAAUUAAUACUUUACUUCAACAUCUACAUAUUGAAUGAUGAGAUACUAGGUUGCUCUGUUUGUGAAUUAUUAAGUGAAUUUAUUAUAGAAUGCUAUUUAUA